AUGUCUGCAGCCGAAGUCAUCGAAUGGCUCGGCCUGAGUAAGGCAUCUGCACCAGGAGUCAAAGUCACAACUUUGCCUGCCUCCUACUUCAAAUUCCCUCCAUCGCCAGAACCGACGACGGUACCUCCUCCCACAUACGACCCGACCAUCGCGCACCCAUUCACAAUCCCUACCGAUCUGUACAAUGCGCUUCUAUCUCCUCUGGUACCUAUCACCGUCAUCCUGGUAUACAUGUCCUUUGUCACUCUUAUGAACUCCGUCAACGCGAAGCGCAGCUACAAGCCAUGGGCGUUUAGCAGAACGAGGGUCUUCAAGCUUCUGGUCAUUCUGCACAAUACCUUUCUGGCAGUCUACUCGGCAUGGAGUUUUGUGGGAGCGGGGAACGCUCUGCGCCUUGCUUUGCCGUCAUGGGGUGAACACUGGAGUGCGGUAGAAACCGUGGACGCCCUCUGCAAGCUGCAUGGGCCCCGCGGUGUUGGCAAUGCUGCAACCUACAACGCUACCAGCAGUGCCUGGACAACGACAAAUCGGCUUCUACACCUGGCUGCUGACGGCCUCGGUCCCGAGCCCACGGAUGUCGGCAGAAUGUGGAAUGAAGGGCUGGCAUUCUACGGCUGGAUCUUCUAUCUCUCCAAGUUCUACGAAGUGGUUGAUACCUGUAUCAUCUUGGCUAAGGGCAGGAAGAGCAGCUUACUGCAGACCUACCAUCAUGCUGGAGCCAUGUUGUCUAUGUGGGCCGGCAUUCGGUACAUGUCACCACCUGUCUGGGUGUGGGUGGUUGUGAACUCUGGAAUCCACACCGUCAUGUACACAUUCUAUCUCUUCUCUGCAAUCGGUAUCCAAGUACCAAAAUGGUUCAAGCAGUCCCUGACUACCCUCCAAAUCACUCAAUUUGUCGUAGGCGCAACGUACGCCUUUCUACAUCUCAUUAUUGCCUAUCGGAUUCCAGUCAGUGUGCCAUACAUCUAUCACGUGGGCGGUGUGGCCUCGAAGGUAUUCACAGAUCUCCCGACGCAAGCUUCCACGACGCUGGCAUCUGCAAUGUCCACGGCGUCUGCUGGUGCGGGGGCUUGGCUUAAGAAGGCCGCUCUGCGGGCCGCAGGGUAUGAAGGUCUUGCCGAAAAUGUCUUGAACGAACAAGGCAGUCCAUUUGGAAUUGAUGCCGUGCACAUGGCCGAAGAGUUUGUCGCCCGAGAAGAGACCAGAUACCGAGACGAGCUGCACUGGGUGCACUGCUUGGAUACAAGCGGUCAGGUCUUUGCUAUCUUGCUCAACUGCAUGUAUCUGCUGCCUUUGACCUAUCUCUUUGUGGAAUUCUUCAUCACUGCUUACUCGAAGCGGUUGGAGGGUCGACGAGGCAGUACAGCCAGCGAGAAGGCGACCGCUGUCGGGAGAAGUAUCCAGGACGCAACCAAGGGAGUUUCCAGGAGACUCAGUGAAGCUAUGGAAGAGAUGCACAGCACGUCCGAAGACAUCGGGGACGACACCGUACUCGUCGAUGCUGAUGAAAUCAAGCGGGAGCUCCACGAGGUUGUUGAUCAAACCAAGAGCACAAUCCAGCAAAGAUCAGAGAAGCUCAAACAGCCGCUGUCGGGUAUGGAUUCGGCCAAGCUGAAAGAGGAAGUCCAGCGUGAUAUGGAGAAAGUACGAAAGAACCUCCAGGACACCGUGACCAAGGUCAAGACUGCCGUUGCCGACAAGGUUGAUGAAGAGCAGAUAGAGAAAGCGAAAGCAGCAGCCCGAUUUGUCAAAGAUAAUGCCGCCGAUGCUGUCCAAAAAGGCGUUGAGAACAUCAAGUCUGUUGCGGAAACUGUCAAGGAAGGAGCUGCGAACCUGACCAGCGCUGAGACGACGCAGCAAGUCAAAUCAACUGCCAACAAAGCAGCUGCAAAGGCCGCAGAUAUCAAGAACGGCGCCGCUUCAUCAGCCAAAAAAAUCACAGAAGAAGUCUCGGAUUCUGUUAAGGAUGGGGCUACCAACUUGACCAGCGACGAGACCAAGGAACAAGUCAAGUCAACUGCCACCAAAGCAGCUGCAAAGGCAAUGGAUCUCAAGGAUCGCGCUGUCACAACCGCCAAGGGAGCCAGUGAUCAAGCCUCCGAAUCGGCAGCUAGGUCAGUUGAAUCGGCCAAGCAGACUGCCCAAGGCGUCAAGAAAGAAGCAGAGAAAUCGAAUGCAAAGGCGAAGAAGGGUGAGAAGGGCCCAAACGGAAAUGGCACCGGCGCCGGCGGGGCGUCCGAUCAAGCGAAGUCGAAGAAGAAAGAGACAGCCAAGCCUAAGGAAAGCGAAGAGGUUAAGCAGGAAAAGAAGAGAGAAGACAAAAUUAUUGACGACUCUCAGGCAGUCAGAGACCAUGAUGUCGACGCAAGCGGUUCUGGAGGGGACGAAGCAAAAGGAGAAGCCCCGUCGAGCCAAGUUAAGCCAGACGUUUCCUUUGCCGACGCCGUCAAAGAAGAACCCGAGUCGAGUGAGGUCAAGCCAGGCGUCUCCUUCGCCGAUGCCGCCAAGGAGUGA